UGAAAUUACUUGGAAAAUAAAUGAAAAUACAAAAGCCUCACCUCUUCCGUCUCUGCCCACACAACCGGCGGAUAUAACGAAAAUGGACCCCAGGACAGCGGCGCCAAAACUCCGGCAGCCGUCCACGACGGCUACGGCAACCGUGAAGAACAAAAAGAAGAAGACAGCAGCAGAAGCUCUCGGCCACGACGUUCUCUGCAUCAUCUUCUCCUUUCUCGACUUAGUCCAGCUCAUUCGCUGCUCCGCCGUUUCUACUUCUUGGAGUAAAGCUGUCAACAAAUUGAAGUUGCAUCAAACAGAAUACUUCAAGCAGCAGCAUAGUGGUCCUAAUGGCCUCAUUGACGCAUCUUACUGUCAGAGAUCAUUGAGUGAACAAGCGGAGCAGCUGGCUAUGGAACAACACAGAUUGGCAUUGCAAAGGGGCCCUGCUAAUGUUAUUCAGUGGAAAGGUCAUUCAGUAGGGGUAAAUCAGUGCAGAAUGAAGAUGGGAAAAGUCCUUACCGGUGUGGGUGACAAGGUCAUGCGUCUCUGGUCGGCAGAAAGCUGCAAAUGUUUGGAUGAAUAUUUCCUUGUCGAUAAAGCCCCUUUAAUUGAUUUUGAUUUUGACGAGGGCAAGGUUGUUGGUUUGGUUGGCACCCGUAUAUGCAUCUGGAAUCGUACAGAGGCAAGAAACGUAUUUUCCUCACGUGAGAACUUAUUUACUAAGGCCCUCUGUAUGCGUUAUGUAGACCCUGAAGCUGUGAUUGGAUGUGAGGAUGGAAAGGUUCGUGUAUUUGACCUAUACAGCAGAAAGUGUACCCAAAUAAUAAAGAUGCAUCAGGGGCCUGUUUCUUGCUUAGCUUUUACUGAUGACCAAUUGCUUGUUAGUGGUUCUUCCCUUGGCACCCUUUCACUCUCAGAUCUUUCUUCUGAUCAGCGAGUUGUUCAGCUGGGAUCAACCUACUCUGCAGAUUGCAUCGCCGGAGGAGAAAGAAGCGCAGUGGUAGCGCUUCGCCUCGAAGUGCACUUUUCGCAACAAUGUCUAGGCCAUACCCUUUGGUGUUAUUUAAAUUAUGGGAAUCUGUCCAAGCUUACUAUGCUUCAUCUGAUCGGGGUCAAGACUUUGUGUUUCAAUCCUAACUCCUAUAUGGUAUUUGCUGGAUCAACUGCUGGAAAUGUGUCUUGUUGGGACCUCAGGAAUACGACGAGAACUGUAUGGGAAACAAGAGUUUCUCCAAAUGUUAUUUAUUCUAUGCAUCACCUUAGGAACGACACUUCAACAUUGGUAGUUGGUGGAAUCGACGGUGUGUUAAGAACUGUGGACCAGGUAACUGGUGAAGUAAUUUCAAGAUGCAUAAUGGAUGAUAGUACCACUGUGUUACAUCGUUCAACAGAGAGAUUUGGAAGUGUGCAAAUUGAGAGCCGGAAAGUGAAAAGGCUGUCUGAAGAUGAUCGAAUUGAUCUUAUGACAAGAACUUCCAAGCCACAAAUCACAUGUUUAGCAGUUGGGAUGGAGAAAGUUGUUACUACGCAUAAUGAUAAGUAUAUCAGAAUUUGGAAAUUCAGCAAGUGAAAAACGAUUCUCAUACACUGCCUGAUAAUUGCUGGUAUUUGUUGUUAAUUCUGGUAUAUGUAUUUCCCUAUGUAUACGUAUUUCUAAUCUGGUAGCAAAAUACAUGUAUGCAGAUUUACAUGAUUUAAAAUUUGAUGUGAAAUUAUUAAUUAGUAAGACUAUGAA